ACAGUGCAGUUGCGCGUGUAGGUGGCUCCGAUCGCGAUCAACCAGGAGCGAAUAUCACGAUUCGAAUUAUUAAUAUACUCCAGUGCCAGGCCAGGAAGACGAAAGUGAGUGUGAGAAAUAAAAAGUAUACUGCAAAUCCACCGGGCAGCAUGUCAGCCAACGAUCCGUGGAAUGGGCGGAAAGUGUCUGCCGAUCGGACCAAAGGAGCCCCCUUCUCGUCAGGUCGGCCGUGGAUCGCCGUGCUCGCCCUGCUCGGCGUGUUCAGUCUGACAGUGCUGCCGAACGUCGCUGGCCACCCAAGGACCGAUGCAUUCGAGGGACCAUCGAACAGUCCACCCGUGGCGGCGUUUCAAACAGACCUCGCGCCCCAGCAGCCCAACAAACAAACGCCAACGACGGCGACAGGUAGGGCCACGGUUCGUCGUGGCGUACGUCCGUACCGUGUCCACCAUCACCGGUCCGGGGUCGUACGAAGCGGGCGCAACAUCGUCGGCUACACGCUCACAGAACCGUACUCUGUUGCUGCCGCAGGCACUCCACGUCGACAGCAUCGUAGCAAAUCGAUCGAUCGAGGUUCACCAGGAAAGCCGCGUGUGUACGAGAACUUGCAGACGGGUACGAUCAUGCUGCCCCCCGGGGGCGGAGCGGUUCUGGAACCGGAUCAGAACCGAACGUUACCGCUCAACACGCUCCAGGAAGCAGCAAUUCACCAAAGCCUCUUAGCGACUGCUGCACGCAAACGAGCUAGUGCACGGCCACAGCACCAGAGACACCUCCAACAGCAUCAUAACCACGGUGCGAAAGGGACCUCGGCCCACGGUAAACGCCACGGAACGCAGCAAAAGUUCACCGUGAUUGAUGGGCUCUGCAUCAAGUGUCCCCCGGAGCGGACGGCGAUCGCCCGGAAGGGUCUCGAUGGCGUGCUGAUCGAACCACCGUUUCUGGUGACGUGUCGCGAUCGGCCCAUCUCGAAGGAACUGUACGAACUGGAGACUCUGUUCGGGCCCAAGCUGAACUUUGUCCUGCCACACUCGAACGGCGAGCCGUACAGCUUUCUGGCGAAGGUGAUCAGCAAGUACACCGGCAACACGGUGCAAACGUGCGAUCUGCGGUACAAGGUCAUCGUAAAGCAGUGCCGCCGCUACAAGCCUAGAAACCGCGACCUGAAGGUUAUCUGUAGCCUCGGCAACAUCUGGGGCUCCCGGUGUACGUUCCACUGUCGGAACGGUGGCUAUCUGAGCCGCCCGAACUCGUUCGUCGAGUGCAGCGAGGACGAAGUGUGGGAAGGCGACGAACCGUACUGCAACUUCAACGAUGUAUCGGACGACUACGCAGCGGAUGCGAGCCAAGGGGAAAUUUCUUCCGGAACCGAUUGCCAGCUGGACAUUCCGCCUGCUAAUGGACGUUUUGCGUGUGAUCUGAAGGAAGCAGAAAGUGGCUCUGUCGAGCUGUCCAUCCCGAACGGGACUGCGUGUCAGGUAAAGUGCGAUGAAGGCCACGAGAUUCCGUACCACCUCAAGCCGGCAGCCUUUUUCGGGUGUGUCGAAGGACAGUGGAACAAUACGAUGAGACACUUUUGCUACAAAUCCGCAACAAUCGUUGCCGGAAGCGGUGGAAACAGUCAGCGCCGAAGAGGUUACGGCUAGGAUGGUCGAAACAGCUCACUGUCACUCAUCAAACCUAAACACCUAGUUAUGUGUAAGAUACAGCACACAUCCGGUAGCUACCGAAAUAGAUAGAUGAUUUUGUUUCAAAAAAGGGAAUUGCAGUGGAUCAUUGCAUUGUGUAGGAUAGGUUCACCGCAUCAGAUCUGAAAUAAUGUAUGAGAUGAAAAUUCAAAAAUCCUUAUGGCUGUUAAGAAGGCUUAUGGUUGCGGAAGGAAAUCCGCGGAGGACUCCCACCUUCGGAGGAGCAGAAGAAGGCCAGAAACUAAAACGCGGCGGUAAAGAAAAGGUGCCAUAGUUGAAACGUGCACUACGCAAGUACUUAACGCUUAUCACAUUGCAGCCGCGUGCGUAACACUGCGCUUAACAAAGCUUAUCGAAACGAAUGAAUAUGCGAGCCAGUAUUUCUUCUCGGUUUGUUUCUGAAGGAAACGUUCGAAAGAGAACGAACGAAAGAGUGUAAGAUAACCGGCAAUCUCGCUCUCGUACCAGAACUGCUGGGCCAAAACUAAGAACGCAUCAUUAAGGUUCCUUAUUUCUCGUUUCACUCACAAUGUAUUCUUAUGUUUUGGUUUUUCACUUAACGAAUCUAACAACCAUGCGAGGGAACAGCGCGAAAAAACGCUCUGUAAUAGCUUACAAAUAAAAUGGCAGCGAGAUACAUUCGAUUAGGAUUGAGCUUUCAAGCAGCCGCCGGUAGAAAAAGCAUAACCCCCAUUGUACUCAUAGUUGCUGCAAAGAGAAACGAAUAAAUAAUAAAA